AUGCACACACAUACUUCACAUGGCAUUGAAUCGGAUGCAAUGCUGAGAUUUCAUAAAUCUCCGGUUUCUGCGUUAGAGCCCUUCUAUUUACCCUCCCCUUUUGUCGUUAAUGGUGAACCUCUCCUUCUAGCGUCUUUAGUGUCUGCUGAUGAGAACGGAUGGGUCGUAUGGUGGGACUUGGGAACGAAACGUCCACUAGGGACAUGGAGAGCUCAUGAAUCAACCAUAGUAACCGUACAACAGAUGGGUAUACACUGGGACGCAGAUGUUCCUCAAUUACAUCGUAACACUUUUGGUAAGCUAUUGACCCAUGGAAGGGAUAACUGUGUGCGUAUUUGGGACUUGUUUAGGGUGAGUAGCUUUAGUAGCAUGGAUUGGAAUCUAUGCAAGGUACUACACAAAACUCGAGACACUGCUCGGAAUCCGGAUGUAUAUGAAAUUCCUGUCAAUGCUUUGAAUUUUUGUAAUGUUGCUACUCGAGCUGAAAUGAUUGCAACUCCAGCAUCUUUGUCAUCGGAAAGUUUUGAUAUUUAUGUUGUCAGUAACCACCGGUUAGAGCGCUUGCAUUCGAACGUAGAUAUAUGUCAAAUCUUACAGCAAAAUCAGCGUUCAAAUGAAACCGACGAAAACCGAAAAUUUGGUGCUAUCAUGCAAAUCACUUGGACGGGAGAUUUCCAGUUAGCUGUAGGUUACGAGAGUGGAAUUGUUGCUUGUAUUCAGUUGCAAGAGAGACAUACUCAAGUUGUCUGGAUAGACAGUUCUCAUCUCACACACCCUAUAUUAGGGAUUGUGUCAAAUUUGGAUAGGGUCUUUACCUGUUCUGCAAGCGAUAGAAUUGUCGUCAAUAGCCUUCAAACUGGAAAGACUGUUGCAAUCUCUAAGAUCAAACAUAAAGGUAUUUCAAGCCUAGAUGUAACUAUUAAUAACAGCAUUUGCCUUGUCUCCGUGACUACUUGGGAUGGGUUUUCAAGGAUUUACAGAUAUGAUGAAGAUUCGUCAGCUGCUGUGGAUGAGGCUCUAAAAGGUGUUUUCAUUCCCUGGACUAAAUUGAGAAGAAUUCCACCAAAAGUUAUUCCUAACUUCAAAAGCUCCUCCAAUCAUCAAACGAUUGAUCUUCCUGAUUUAAAGGGUAGAGUCAUCAAGUUGUCAAAAACUCAAAAUGGAUGUAAUAAUGCACUAGUGGAGAGAAGUGAUGGUCAGAGCAAAAUGAUCCUUCGCAGUUCAGAGAAGCGUGCAUUAACACGAUACGCGUUUGUAGGUUAUCAAGAUGGUCGUGUAGCAACCUAUAUUCUUUGUGAUUCAUAG